AUGGCAUACACUUUGACGGUCCCCGACAAAUAUGGCUACGUUGUGCUCGUGGCGCUUGGUCUGGCCCCAGUAUUGGCAUUUUCCCAAGGCAUCCUCGUAGGGUUGUACCGAAAGCCGGCUCGAGUUCCAUAUCCCAACCCAUAUGCCACCGCACAGGAAGCGAAGGAGAACCCAGCAGCAUACAAGUUCAACUGCGCCCAGCGAGCACACGGCAAUCUGUUGGAGAAUAUGCCCCAGGCCAUUGCAUCUAUGCUUUUUGCAGGCCUGGGAUACCCCGUGGCAACAGCGGCACUCGGAGCAGGUUGGAUAUUUUUCAGAAUCGUCUACGCAUAUGGAUACAUCGAAGGCAGUAAGGCCGGAGGCAGGAGUAGGCUGAACGGAUCGGGCUUCUGGGUGAUGCAGGCUCUGAUAUGGGGACUGUGUGUGUCAAUGGGGUUGAAGAUGCUGUAG